GGCCGGCCAUGCAGAUGGAGGGGGCGGGACGCGGGCGCCGUGACUCGGAGCCCCGGAAGAGCGGAGAAACCCCGUAUAAAACCUACCGGGGACCUUCCCCGGGCAGAAGCACGGCGGCUCCGCAGACGGCUGCAGCCGGCCGGGAGCGCGGCGCGGCGGCCUCUGCGCGGCGGGGAGGCGGCUCUGCGGCUCGGCGCCUUCCCCGCCGCGGCGCUGCGCUUCUGCCCCUUCCGCCGCGCCGCGCUGCGCCGCCCGCCGCGGGGGCCCCGCGCCCGCCGCGCUCCGCGGCCGCUCCGCGGGCUGAGCAGCGCCGCUGACCGCGCGCUUUCCCCCCCCGCCAGGCGCGGAGCAGGCGCGGCCGCCGGGGCCCGCGGCGGCGCGGUGCCAUGGCCGAGGACGGCGGGACUUGCGCGGGCUGCGGCGAGAGCGCGCACUGCAACGUGCUGAGCUGGGAGCAAGUGCAGCGCCUGGACCGCAUCCUGGGCGAGACCAUCCCCAUCCACGGCCGCGGCAACUUCCCCACGCUGGCCAUGCAGCCGCGCCUCAUCGUCAAGGUGGUGCGGAGCCGCCUGGAGCUGCGCGGCAUCGGCGUGCGCGACGUGCGCCUCAACGGCUCGGCCGCCAGCCACGUCCUGCACCAGCACAGCGGCCUGGGCUACAAGGACCUGGACCUCAUCUUCUGCGCCGACCUCAAAGGGGAGGCCGAGUUUCAGACUGUGAAGGACGUGGUCUUGGACUGCCUCUUGGACUUCUUGCCCGAGGGGGUGAACAAGGAGAAGAUCACGCCGCUCACCCUCAAGGAAGCUUAUGUGCAGAAAAUGGUAAAAGUAUGCAAUGAUUCAGAUCGAUGGAGUCUCAUCUCCUUGUCCAACAACAGUGGCAAAAAUGUGGAGCUGAAAUUUGUGGACUCUCUGAGGCGGCAGUUUGAAUUCAGUGUCGAUUCCUUUCAAAUCAAGCUAGACUCCCUGCUGCUUUUUUAUGAGUGCUCAGAGAAUCCGAUGACUGAAACUUUUCACCCGACUAUCAUUGGCGAGAGCGUCUAUGGGGAUUUCCAGGAAGCCUUUGAUCACCUCUGCAACAAGAUAAUCGCCACCAGAAACCCAGAAGAAAUCCGAGGAGGUGGUCUACUUAAGUACUGCAACCUUUUGGUAAGGGGCUUUAGGGCUGCCUCUGAAUCCGAGAUUAAGUCCCUGCAGAGAUAUAUGUGUUCGAGAUUUUUCAUUGACUUCUCAGACAUUGGAGAGCAGCAGAGAAAGCUGGAGUCCUACUUGCAGAACCACUUUGUGGGAUUAGAGGACCGCAAGUAUGACUAUCUCAUGACCCUUCACGGUGUGGUGAAUGAGAGCACGGUGUGCCUGAUGGGACAUGAGAGGAGACAGACUCUUAAUCUGAUCACCAUGCUGGCCAUCCGGGUCCUGGCCGAGCAAAAUAUCAUCCCCAAUGUGGCCAAUGUCACCUGCUAUUACCAGCCAGCCCCAUAUGUAGCAGAUGCCAACUUCAGCAAUUACUAUAUUGCCCAGGUUCAGACGGUGUUCCCUUGCCAGCAGCACACCUACUCUACUUGGCUGCCCUGUAAUUAAGGACCAUGAUUAGCAGACCUGGCAGGGAGAACGUUUCUUAACAUGUAGGAAGGGGCGAUGCGCCCCUCUGAAAUGGGGUGUUUUGUGCAAUGAUGAUCUGCUCUGGUUUGCAAGCUUGGUAAAAGCUUGUGGUUCUCUUAAUAAAUAACAGGAGCAUGAUCUAGAAGGAGCCCCCACAUAAUUGGAUCCUACCCCAGAGCACAAGAGGCCUGUCAUUAAAAGCAAACAGCUUCCCCUGAAAGAAGCGAGGGAGGAAUGCUUGAUGACAAUAUGGGUUGGCAAUACCUGCUCCCAUAGCUUUGGCAUAGAGAAGGUGGGAAAGCCUUAUUUUUUUUUUAUUUUCGUUCUUUCUUUAGAAUGGGAUCUGCAAAAGGGAGAAUAUGAAAGAAACAAAAAAACAACAAAAACGAAAAAAACAAAAAUAAUUCUAUAUAUAUAUUCAGGAAUUAAAAGUAGAGGCAUAAAGCAGAGAUAAGCUGAAUAAAAGUGUAUAUUGGAAUUACUGCAUUUGGGGCUUGCAGCAAGUGCCAUCUAUGGAAUGAUCCUGCAGAAUGUAUAGCUUGCUUGAAUAGAAAUGCUUUAACAGAAACAGCUUGCUCCAAAUGAACAGUAGUAGAUUGGUACAAUUAUAAAAACAGAAGCACGUACGAUGACAAAGUCCAUUAUUUCCAGCUGUGUGCAUGCCUCACAUUUUAAAAAUGUGACAAUGCAAGAGAACCAGCUGUGGCAAGCAAAAUGUACUUAAGGACCAAAGAUUUCACAGAUAAGUUAUCCGAGCAAAGAAGAUACAGUAGAGUAUAUAUAUAUAUAUAUAUAUACACAUAUAUAUAUAUUAAAAAGAAAAAAGAUGUUGCUAUAUUUGUACACACCAAUAGUAAUCAAAAGUGCCUGAUGCCUUCAUAAAAUUUGAAGUGAGAAGAUAUAGUUUUGUGGUUUAACCAUGCAUUUUGUUUUAUCAGGGACACAAGGAUUAAAAACAAAUAACAUAAGCUUGUGAAUAAGUGGUGGAGGAAAUGCCCUAUUUUUUUUCUUGGCAAAUACUUGUAUAGAGUUAAUGUUACGUUGGUGUGAUAUUAUCCUAGGUACGUGUGUGUAUGUGUGUAUAUAUGUUUGUGUGUGUAUAUAUGUACAUGUUAUAUGUGUAUAUCUAUAUAUAUACACACACAAUAUAUAUUAAUAUGGUCUAGGAAAAUGUAGCAAUUAAGGAAUGUUUAAAUAAAGUACUAUGUGUUUUCCAGUUUGCAACAGGACGUCAUAGGACAGUGGGUACCUUGCAGUGAAUUUUUUUAACCCACACCUGAAAAAAUUGGAGUAGAUGAACCAGUCAGGAUUAAGGUGGGAUUCAGAUAAUGUCUUUGGUUGCAAGAACAAGGAUUACAGUAAUUCAGUGGGUUGCUUGUGAGCCAUAAUAAUUCCACAAAUGGAGAAACAUAUGACUAGCUAAUUUUUUUUUAACUAUUUUGUACUGUAAUGCCAUUUUGACAUUUAACCCACUAAUGUUGUGACUGCAUACCUCCAUGAUGUAUAAUUCAGUGGAACGUGGAUCAAAGAUAGGUUUAUUUAAACCCCCUGACAGCUAAAGGAUAUUGUAUUAGUUGGUGAUUUGAACACUAAUUGUUAAUAUUUAAAGGAAUAUUUUAAUAGAAUGCAUUAUGCAUUCCAGGACCACUAGAAUUUAGUAAAUGUGAAAUGAACCCUUUUUAAGAGUGUUGCACGAUUGCUUAAAAUUAUAUUUUUAAAUAUAUAUAUAUUAUAUAUAUAUAUUUUUAUGCAAAUAUUAAACAUCUUUGAUCUGGUUGUCACACUGCAUUUACAAUUUCAGUACUGUACUUUAUUUAAAUGGAAUCACUUUACAUUGGAACAAUAACUAUUCACUUUCAUUUCCUCUCCCGAAAGAUCAGUAGGAGGAAAAUCAGCCUCUGCUGUUGUUUUCACUUAGUGACAUCUCGGAAGGUGUUAAAUUCUUUGUUGGGCUUUGAAAACCUAAUGACUAAACGACACUCGAGUCUAAUAUUUUGCUUUUUCUUACUGAAAGAAAAGAAAAAAGGAGAGGAGGAAGAAAAAAAGCGGGGGGGGGGGAUUCAGGCUUUGGGAAGAAAACGCGCGGCGACCUGCGUGGUCGCAGGCUCGGUGGUGCCUCUGAGGCGGCAGGGAGGAGGGCGAGGGACAGGGCCUGUCUCCGGCGGUGGAUUUUCCCUGCGGAGCGACCGAGGUACAUCUGUUUUUGUCACGCUUGGUACUUUUAUCUCCAAAAGCAGUUUAGCAGGAACCUGGUUUGUUCCCUGAAGCACCUUCCCGUGAAUUCUGCAGGAGCUGCACAGAACUGUUGGGCGCUGUUUGCUGGUAGACCUGGCCCCCGCCACGGGACGCCCCGUCUUGUCCCCCGCGCCGGCCGUGCAAGGCCCUUCGCGGCAGUGGCGCCGAGGCCAGGUUUGUCUCCGGUGGCCUGGGAUCCCCCAUUUGUGGAUGGGGAUGGAAAGGCGCCUGUCGGAGCGACGCGCUCGCCCGUGCCUCCUCGGAGGGCUGUGAGCGGAAGCAAAGGGGAGGGCUGGGGAAAUAGGAUCAGCUGGUAAUGUGGUAUGUCUUCUCUCACCACAACUAUUUGCAGCAAAUAAAUGAGUCAUCCGCUAUUUACAAGGGUUUGAGAAUCUAUAGCUGUGCCACAACCACAAAAUGCUGAUAAUACAUGACACAAUGUAUUUUUCCUUUGAAGGACCUUUUUUUUCCAUUGCUUAAAAGCAGAUUUUGAUUUAUUUCCUUUCGGCUCAAAUUUUAUUGUGUUUUUUAUGAUUGGCAGCAGCUAGUUAUCUUAUAGUGCAUGCAGCAGAGCUCUGAGCUAAACCGCACCUUUUGGCGUUCGCAUUUUGAUACAUAUAUAAUAUGUUUCUAUAUAUAUUAUAUAGGUAUUAUGGAUCUGUUUUGCAUAUGUUAAUGGUCAAGUGCUGGAACUGGUAGAGCUUUGCUUUAUCUGUGACUGGUAGUUUAAAAGGUGCCUGGUGUUAGUGGUGGGGAGAAGGCAUGAGUUCAGGCCAAGAGUAAAAUAAGAACCCCUUUUCAAAGCUGGUUUAUUUCUGUGGUUUGCACACCUUCCCCUGCAUAAAGUCUGACCUUUUUUUUAACUGUUUUUUUGCCCGUCUUCAGCACACUGGUACUUUGAAAGUUAACAACCGCAUUCUUGCUCUGUAGCCUUCGUUUUUCCCAUCCAAUCAGAUAUAAGGUUAGAACUUGCUACAGGAGACAGUGCCCCUUUUAAAGAGCUGAACUGAUUAAAAACAUUGACCUGAUUACAGUAAAACUGUUUGUGCCACAGCUGAAUUUAUUGCUAACCAACAGGGAGCUAGACUUGGUUAAAUGUAGCUAUCGUGAAACAACUGAGAGCUUUGAAAUGGGAUUUAAAAAAAAAUUUUUUUUUCUGAGAUGGAGCUAUCCCCCAAAAUGCAAGAAAAUUUCUUCUAAAAAUAGAAGGGCAAUUAGAACACCAAAAAGAUCAUAUUUUUGUAGUUUUUCAUAUUAUACUUAAAAAUGUUUUUGUUUUAUCUUGCACAAAAGCCUUCACACAAAUCUUGUAAAUACCUCUUGUUAAAUGCUUGGUCUGCAUCAUGUCAUAGGCUCCUACCAGUUUACCAGUUCAAAAGAAGCUUUUCUUUUUUUUUUUUUUCUUUUAACUGAGAAAAUGAAGUGUGUUAGAUAAAACUGCACAGCAAAGGAAAAGAUGUAAUUGCAUAUUCAGCUCCUAUUUGAAUAUACUCUUUUGUAUGGUUUUCUUUAAGCAGAGAGUUUCCCUUGCAAGAAAGGAAAUCAGUGUACUGUUUUGCUGUUGUAAUAAUGGUUUGCUAACAAAAUAAAUAGUAAAAAAAAAAAAAAAAAGCCUGCAAAUUUCAAGACAGCUUGGCUAAAGCACUGCAAGCUUCUGCAGUCUGUAGGAGUCUGUGCAGAUUUGCUUUCCCUCAGAUUUCCUUACAACUGUUGCCUUCUGCAAGGCAUCCUGUUGCAGCAAGCUGCUCCUUGGAUUGCUCUUUUGGAACAUUUUGACUAUAGGCUUUGUCACAGACAGAAAAAGAGCUGAUGGGAAACAGACUCUAGAGGGAACAGAUUGUGAAUUUUGUUUACAGCAUCCAAUAUUUGGAUUUUUUUGUAAAUAAAAAGAAGUUAUUUUUUUCUAUUGA